UCAAUAUUAUUUUUGAAUGUUCAAGAGCUGCCAGAUUGAGAAUAUUUCGUCCGUCGUUGGAAACUUGAGAAUAGCGGCGAAUCUGGUUCGAUUUGGUUUCCAAUUGAAGAUUCUGAAGCUCCUUUUGACUCCUUCUACAUCUCUCUCUUCUAGAUCUCGACAACUCUAACCUGUUUCCAAGUGACGAUUUGUUUCCCCUCCUCUUCGAUUUGGUGGAUCUUGAGAAAUUGAUUUAGUUCAAAGCUCUGAUGGCUAAAAAGGAGAGACCUAGACCUGAGAAGUUGUCUGUGUAUCUUUAUAUACCUAAUAUUGUUGGGUACAUGAGAGUUCUCUUGAACUGUGUUGCUUUUGCUGUGUGUUUCUCCAACAAGACACUUUUCUCGGUCCUUUAUUUCUUCAGCUUUUGUUGUGAUGCUGUGGAUGGCUGGGUCGCUCGUAGAUUCAACCAAGUUUCAACAUUUGGAGCUGUUCUUGACAUGGUCACAGAUAGAGUUAGCACGGCUUGUCUACUCGUGAUUCUCUCUCAGAUCUACAGGCCUAGCUUGGUCUUCCUCUCAUUGCUGGCUUUAGAUAUUGCUAGUCACUGGCUGCAGAUGUACAGUACGUUUCUAGCAGGGAAGAGCAGCCAUAAGGAUGUGAAAGACAGCACAAGUUGGCUUUUUAGACUCUACUAUGGAAACCGGAUAUUUAUGUGUUAUUGCUGUGUUUCUUGCGAGGUUCUGUAUAUCAUCCUUCUUCUCAUUGCAAAGAACCAAUCCGAAAAUCUCCUGAAUGUCGUAGUUACCACAUUAACACAGAUUUCACCACUCUCUUUUCUCCUGGCUUUGACAUUGUUCGGUUGGUCGAUGAAGCAGACCGUUAAUGUCAUUCAGAUGAAAACUGCUGCAGACGUUUGUGUACUGUAUGAUAUAGAGAAGCAGCAGAAGCCUUGAUCAUCUUCCUUUUCCUCAACCUGAAACUCUUCUUCUUUUUUAACUGUUUGUUCUCUUUUCACUGUGGAUGUAGAUAAUUGUUUUUAAUGAGAUGAAGAAAUAUUGAUUUGCCUUUUGACAUAAUUUUGUUUUGUA